AUGCUCAGACUAGAGACCAUCAUUUGCACUUUUUCUGUGCUGUCGGUUGCAGCAAGAGCAGAUUUUAAAGCACGGAACUGCAGCGAGGUGAGGGAGGCUUGUAUCGGGAAAGGCUUCAGCUUCGCACAUGUUCCUCUUCAGGAGAUCCCAGGUGAACAUCUUCGUGUAUGCCCUCAAGGAAACACAUGUUGCACCCAGGAAAUGGAGGACAAAUUUGGUCAACAGAGUAAACAGGACUUUGAGAAUCUCGUUGAUGAAAUGAGUCAUGAGUUGAGAAGCACCUUUGUUUCCAGACAUCAGAGAUUCGAUGAAUUCUUCCUGGAGCUGCUGGAGAACACAGAGAGGUCUCUGAAUGAGAUGUUUGUGAGGACUUACGGCAAGCCUUACAUGCAGAACUCGGAAGUCUUUGAGAAUCUGUUUGCCGAGCUGAAGCGCUAUUACACAGGAGGGAAUGUUAACCUGGAGGAAAUGCUUAAUGACUUUUGGUCGCGGCUACUGGAGCGCAUGUUCACGCUGCUCAACUCCCAGUACGUCAUCACUGAGGACUAUCUGGAGUGUAUCAGUAAGUACACCGACCAACUCAAGCCCUUUGGAGACGUGCCCAGGAAGCUCAAGGCUCAGGUUACCCGGGCAUUCAUCGCUGCACGCACAUUCGUCCAAGGGCUCUCUGUUGGCCGGGAGGUGGCCCAGAGAGUGUCUAAGGUAAGCAGCACUCCAGCAUGCAUGCGAGCGCUGACAAAGAUGCUGUACUGCCCUUUUUGUCAGGGCAUGCCAGCAGUUAAACCCUGUAAGAACUACUGCCUGAAUGUCAUGAAGGGCUGCCUGGCCAAUCAAGCUGACCUGGAUCCAGAGUGGAACCAGUACAUUGAUGCCAUGCUGCUGGUGGCGCAGAGGCUGGAGGGACCUUUCAACAUUGAAUCUGUCAUGGAGCCUAUUGAUGUCAAGAUUUCAGAGGCCAUCAUGAAUAUGCAAGAUAACAGUGCCCAGGUCUCCUACAGGGUUUUUCAAGGUUGUGGCCAGCCAAAACCCGCAGGAAUGACUAGGUCUGCCCGUGGUGUUUCGGAUGUGUUCAACGCCCGCUUCAGGCCAUACAGCCCAGAGGAGCGGCCUACCACUGCAGCUGGCACAAGCCUAGACAGACUGAGGAUUGUUUGGAAUGCGAUGCAACACAGUGUGGUGGACAUAAAAGAGAAACUGAAGCUGUCCAAGAAAUUUUGGUCCAACCUGCCUGAGGCGAUGUGCGUGGAGGACAGAGUGACCGCUGGAAAUGCCAGCGAUGAGGAGUGCUGGAAUGGACACACCAAGGGCAGGUACUUCCCUGAAGUCCAAAAGGAUGGACUGACCAACCAGGUGAAUAACCCUGAGGUGGGCGUGGACAUCACCCGCCCAGACACUUUCAUCCGCCAGCAGAUCAUGGCUCUGAGGGUGAUGACCAACAAGCUGAAAAAUGCCUACAACGGCAAUGAUAUCUACUUUCAAGACUCAAGCGACGAAGGCAGUGGCUCAGGCAGUGGCAGCGGCUGCACAGAGGUCUGCCCCACAGACAUGGACGGUGCUGCCACCGAAGCCCCAGUGGUGAAAGCCGACCGGAGCGGGCCUGUGGGUUACUCUGCCCCGCUCCACGCACCCUCUGUAGCCCUGCCGACCGUGCUAGCCCUCUCAGCCCUGGCAUUCCACCGACAAUGGAGAUAA